UCAAGUGACAGCCAAUGUCAUUUGUCAAGAUAGAUCUAUGAAAUUCUUGCUUCAAAGUUAGCAAAAUAUUUUAAAUAUUUUCGUACAAUUAAAUCAGUAAAUGGUAAUCUAAAUCUAAUAAAAAUGGACGAAGAAGUUGAAAUAGUAAUGCCAGGGUUGAAGUAUUUGACGAGUGAAUCUGAGCACAUUUGUAGGUUAUGUUUUGGUUCGACGGAACAGCAAGAAGUAUCGUUAGAAGAUUCAGUAAAGCUCCAGCGACCGUAUUUAGACGAAAGUCUUACCUUUGCCUCUAUGUUCGCCGAGUUAGGAGUAGUUGAGGAGCCUUCUCUGCCACAAGUCCUGUGCAUGAACUGUGCCACAAUGACAAUUAACUCUUAUUUAUUCAAGAAGUUAUGUCAGUCUUCCAAUGAGAACUGGAAUAUGGUCCUAAAUAAAUUGGACACUAGUCUAGAACAAUCAUCAAGCACAGGUCCUAAUGUUCAAACCAUUUUCUUAAUGAUAAAACAAGAUGAGAAUCUUAUGUUUACCAGUAGAAAAAGCCUCGCACGGAGUAAAAAGACAGCCUUGAGGAAACUACGAGAAGUGCUCAAAGCUAAACAGCCAUGUCAUAGAAUGAAGAAACAAAAUUCCAAUGCAAUAUGUGAAGAAUGCGGGGAACGAUUCAAAUCCAUGUGUACCCUCGUCAGACACCGGAAACUGCACAGUAAUGACAAGCUCGCUUGCACCCAGUGCCCCAAGAUCUUCACCUCACAGGCGAAACUUGAUGAGCACUCCGAAAGAGUGCACUACCCUAAGAAAAUAAAGUGUCCAAAAUGCCCUAAAAUGUUAAGCACAAACAAAAUGUUGAAAAUACAUGACAAGUUUCACCAUGUGGCUGCUAUAUGCAAAUUGUGCUUUGUUCAGUUCCCAUCAAAAAAGGAAUUACGAGCACAUUUAGAUAAACAUGAAGUAAAUAAGUGUCCGCACUGCAACAAAUCAUUUCUCAACAAACAAACUUUUAAACUUCAUCUCAAAAUUUGUGGCACUGUCUAUGAACAGCAGCCACAGUUCUUUUGUGAUAUUUGUCUCAAGGGAUAUGCAAGAAAGAAUGGUUUACGCACACAUUUGAAAACAGACCAUGGAUUUGGAAAUGUACUAUCUUGCAAUUGGUGUGGCAAAAAGUUUGAUGCAAUAAGUAGAUUAAAUAAUCAUAUAGUCAAGCAUACGAAAGAGAAGAAUUUUCAUUGUGAACUCUGUGGGGGUAAAUUUGUUACUCAAGCAGCUUUAGUUUACCACACGCGACUGCAUACUGGUGAACGACCUUUUCCGUGCGACUUAUGCAGUGAAACUUUCCUUUCGGCUUCUCGGAGGAUGAUGCACAAGAGACGAAAACACUUCGGCCCUACGAAAGAGUGUCCUAUUUGUCAUGUUAAGUUCGUCACGGAACAUCAGCUAAGGAAGCAUGUGCCCAGGCAUUACAAUCCACAUAGCAAGCUGUUUGUGCCUGGAGCUGAAACUUCUUAUGCAUUGCAAGUGUCUGUCAACAAAAUCCCUUCUGAAGAACUGAAUAUAUAAUUUUUUUUCAAAUAUGUG